AUGAAAUUAUAAACAAGUAGUAGUUAAGAAUACUUGAGUUCAAGACCAUUUGAAACAAAAUAAUCAAAGAAUAUAUUUACUAUAAAUGAUUCUAGAUAUAAACAUAUAAAAAAUUUAGAAAAAAAAAAUAAAUAGUUAACAAACAAAUUAGUGGAUUUACAAACAGAUUUAGCAUAAAUAGAUGAAUUUAAGAUAGCAAUAUCUUUAGAUAGGGCUCCAAUGAAAAGUACAAGAGCUUUGUUUUUUAGUACAAAUGAUGUUAAGAAAGGGAAGUUAUAAUUAGAGACAUAAGAAGGUAAUGAUGAUUUUCAUUAAAGAAGAAUAGAGAUAAUGAAAGCAUAAUUAUAAAAAUAAUAAAGGUAUAUAAAGAGACUUACGACAAUUUUACAAACAACUAGAAAAUUCUAUGAUGAUCUUAGAGAAUAUAUGGUAAUGAAAAAUAGUAUUAUAUUUUUAGUAAUACUUUUCUUCAGUUUUGAGAUAAUCAGCUUAAGGUAAUGAUUACUAUGUUGUUGUUGAACAAAAAGAGACUAUAACAUCAUAAUAAAUUAUUUAAUCUCCAACUAAUAAGGAUAUGACAAAUUAAAAUGAAGAAUUAAAGUAAUAGAAAGUAUAGAUAUAAAAAAAAGUGUAAUUUACUUUGGAUGAUUCAUUUGAUAGAUAAUAAGCUCAAAGCAAAAUAUAAAGAAUUACUAAAGAUAAAGAGUUUAUGGAAGUAGCUGAAAAGUAGUAAUAAUACAUUUCAUUAAAAAAUUUAUUAUAAUAAUUCAAAAGUAAUGAAGAUAGAGAAAAUUUCAUAUAAACAUUUUAAUAAGCCUAUCAAAAGAUUAUUGAUUUUGAGAGAGCUAAUUAAGAUUAUAGAAAUUUAUUGGAAGUAUAAUAAUAAGGAAAGAAUAGAAAGGUAUUUUAUAAGCAUCCAAUGAGAUCUCUUAUUUAAAGAUAUGGUUAAUACUUUCCUGUUAAAAGUAUUUAUAGUGCAUUUCCUAUGAAAGAUAGAGAAAGAUUGGAUCAUUUUUUAAUUUCUUUAGAAGGGAUGAGUUCCUAAAUUUAAAGAGACUUAUAAAAAGUGGAUGCAUUUUGGUUAUUCAAAUCUAAUCCAUUCUUUUUUAAAUCUAAUGAUUAUAGAUAAAGUAUAGAAUUACCUGUCUAAAUAUUGGAAGAACCAUAAUUAUUUGAUGAAUUCUUAGCAGAACCUGAAAAACAUAGAGUUAUUAAUUUAGAUUAGAAUAUGUUAUCAAAUUUAGAAAAAGAUCUUUUACAAUUAAUGGAUAGUUUAAUGGAAAUGUAAAGGAAAUUUUAGAAUGAUUGUAAUGAAUUGUCAUUCUUAUAAAAACCUUAAAUUUCUAAGAUUUCUGAUUAAUUAAGAAAAUCUUUGGAAAGUUUAGUAUGUCUAUCAAGUAUGAUUGGAAAUAAUAAUUUAUAAACAAUAAAUAAAAUGUAUGUAAUUGGUUAAAAGGAUGCUUAUUUAUAUUAACAUUAGAUAUUUAGUUAAAAUGAUUUUGAUUCAAAAUAUUAGAUGUUAGAAUUAUUAUUAAGUGAUCUAUGUUCAUUAGUUUAAUCAAAUGAAAUGAUCAUUGUAAAAAAAGCAUUAAUGAUGUUAAAAAGUAUAAAGAAUAUAUAUGAAAUUUAAAAAAUGAUUACAAUCAUAAGAGAAUCAGAAAUAGUUCUUUUGAGAUAGAAACUUGAUCUAAUAUUAUAAGAUUAUUCAGGUGUGAAUACAUUUAUAAAUAAUGCAGAAUAAUAAGUGAAGGGAUUCUUCAAUUCAAUAAGCAAUAAAUUUGCAUAAGUGAAUAAUGUUUGUAAUGUGUUUUUAGAAAGUGAAAAAAUAGUAGAUUCAUAAUUUAGAAAAUAGUUUGGAUAGAAUCUAAAGAAAUAGCUUAAAGAUAUAACAGAUUAUAUAACAGGAUUAACUUAGAUUGAAAGAAAUGAAAAUUGUAUUAACAUAAAAUAAUUACAACAAGAAUUUGAUAAAAAAGUAAGUACAUUCUAUGUAAGAAGUGAAUAAUUGUAAAGAAUGAAUGAAUAAAUAUCAAAAAGAUUAUAAUGA